AUGGACUGGUCCUCAUACGAUAUCUCGUCAAACCAUUGGAGCAAUGUUCCCUUCGCUAGUCAUUCAACAGCGCCCGAGUCUCGUUCAUCAAUCCCUCAGCUUAUAGACUCAACUUCUUUUUCUACCUGCUCGUCAGACGAGCUCUUUCCACAGAACCUCUUAGUUCAACCCUUUUAUGAUAUACUUGGUUCCAAUCCCCUAGAUGUUCGCCACGCCUGUCAAGAUCAUAUUGAGUCCUUCCGUCCUAUGCGCAACGAAUACCAGCACAUUACGAUGCGCGAUGAUCUGCGUGGGAGUACCAUAAUGCCAAAACACCCUAUUCCUCCAUGCUCGGCAUGCGACGGUGGUCAGCCAUGGAAAACCGGGACCCCAAGUGGUCUGCCAAACACUCGCGGCCGUCCCGAGAGGAUCGAUUCUCUAGUAUGCAAAUGGGAGAAUUGCCGAAAGCCCCCAUUCCAAUCGAAGGGCGCUUUGAUGCGGCACAUCAACACGCAGCAUGUAGCUCCGCGUUCAUUCAAGUGUCCAGAUCAGUCGUGCGACAGGUUCUUUAGCCGUAAGGAUAACAUGGAGGAGCAUGUACGCCGCGUUCAUUGGAUUCGAGUUCAAGGUCUCUAG